AAAGAUAUCUCAAUCUUUUCUAUAAAUAGGGAUUCAAAUUAUUAUUAUUCUUAUCAUCAACAACACACACACACGCAUACAUUACAUGUUAAUGUUAUCUAUCUCCUAAUUUUCAUGCAUUAAUCUCUCUUCUUUAUACUUGUUCACUACUCAUCAUCAUAUAAAGAUUCUGUUCCAAUCUAAACAAACAACCUUUUUCAUUCUUCCUCUCUUUCUUUCUUGUAACCAAAUUUCUAUUUCUCUUAUAUAUAGAAAAAAACAACAUAUAUAUAAAACACAACAAAAAACCUUAGGAGUUCAACGUCAACAAUUCUUCAUGACGAACGAAAUUGAGAUCAAAUAUGAAGAGGAAUUCAUAUUGAAUUCUAGAGGAAUGAAGCAAUUGACAAGUAGAUGGAUUCCUGUGAAUGAAAAUCCAAAAGCAUUAAUCUUCAUAUGUCAUGGAUAUGCUAUGGAAUGUAGCAUCACAAUGAAUAGCACUGCAAGAAGGCUUGUAAAGGGUGGAUAUGCAGUUUAUGGUAUAGAUUAUGAAGGACAUGGAAAAUCAGAUGGAUUACCUGGUCUUGUUCAGGAUUUUGAUUGUGUCAUUGAUGAUUGUUUCCAACAUUUUAGCAAUAUAUGUGAAAAGUCAGAAAAUAAGAAGAAGAUGAGGUAUUUGUUAGGGGAAUCAAUGGGAGGAGCUGUGGCACUACUUUUGCACCGGAAAAAUCCAGAUUAUUGGGAUGGUGCUAUUUUGGCCGCACCCAUGUGCAAGAUUGCAAAAGAAUUAAGACCCAAUGCAAUGAUGGUUAGUAUAUUGAGUGCACUUAGCAAAGUAAUUCCCACAUGGAAAAUAAUCCCAACCGUAGAUAUUGUUGACAUUGCUUUCAAAGUGCCUGAAGUCAGAGAACAGGUUAAAGCUAAUAAAUAUUGCUACAAAGGUAAACCUCGUUUGAGAACAGGUUACGAACUUCAUAGGAUCGCGACAGAUAUCGAGCAAAGACUAAAUGAAGUUUCACUACCAUUUCUUGUAUUACAUGGUGAGGAGGAUAGAGUGACUGAUAAAUCAGUGAGCAAACAACUACAUGAUGUGGCUUCAAGCUCUGAUAAGACACUAAAAUUGUACCCUGGAAUGUGGCAUGGUUUAUUGUAUGGAGAGCCACCAGAGAAUUUGGAGAUUGUAUUCUCAGACAUUUUUAAUUGGAUUGAGGAAAGAUCUAAAAAUGGUAAUACAAGAUUAGAGAGAGAACUUAAGGAACAGAAUGAUGAUUCUGUAAAAGCCUUUAAUUCACAAGGCUUAAGUUAAAACAGGAUUCAUUGAUGUAAUAGUGGAUAAUGUUAUAUUCUCUUUUGUUUUUGUCCAUUAAAAACCUUGUAAAUUUUACAUUAUUAAUUUAUAAAGAAGGUCUUGUUUGGUUUUUA